AUGGCCGGUGUCGAUUCCCCAGUAAGCAAGCGACCGCUAAUCGCCGAGGUUCGCAAACAAGACGACGCAGUUAAGAUUCCAGUCACCCUCUUGUCGGGUUUCCUUGGUACUGGCAAGACCACGUUGCUGCAGCACAUUUUAAAGAACAAGGAGCAUGCCCUGCGGGUGGCCGUCAUUGUCAAUGAUAUGGGAGAGCUCAACAUCGAUGCCAACCUCGUCGCAUCAACUGGUGUUCUGCAGCGCAAGGAGCAGCUCGUCCGACUUGAAAACGGAUGCAUCUGCUGCACUCUCCGCGUGGACCUCCUCGAGCAAAUUGCUCGCAUCGCCCAAGAGGGCGAAGUCGACUACAUUGUCAUUGAGAGUUCUGGGAUCAGCGAACCGAUGCAAGUAGCUGAGACCUUUGAAUUCGAGCUGCCAGAAGGUGCCGAAGAGAUGAAGCCGGAUCCGUUGCUAUCUCCCAGCAGCUCGAAACGGUCUCGAACCGACUCAGGUGCUUCGUCGGGGGAUGAUGCCAGUGCCGCGGUAGCAUCUACGCCGUCAACUUCAGUCGGGAUUCCAACCGUCCAACUUGAUGAACUUCUCGUUCGCGAUGGCAAGAAGCUGCCGUUGCUGCGGGACAUUGCACAGCUGGACACGUGUGUGACCGUUGUCGAUGCUGCUACUUUCUUCCAUGUGUUCGACGAUCCACGUAUGCUCGCGGACGUGGAAGCGAACCGGGAACAGCUCCCGGAAGGUGACACCCGCACUAUCACCGAUCUUCUGAUCGACCAGAUUGAGUUCGCCGAUAUCAUUCUGGUCAACAAGACGGAUUUGGUCCCUGCUAAGGAUGUUGAAGCUAUCGAGAAGGUCCUUCGUCGACUCAAUUCGUACGCAAAGAUUGAGCGAACGGUCAAGAGCCGAGUUGAUCCAAAGACUAUCCUCGGUACGAAGCUGUUUUCUUUUGAACGCGCCUCGAGUCAAACGGGGUGGCUGGAGUCGCUCACGGUACCGCAUACCCCCGAAACGGUCGAGUACGGGAUCGGAUCGUUCCUGUACAAAGCAGACCGACCGUUUCACCCUGCCAGGUUGACGGGCAUUCUACAGGACGAAUUCGUCAUUGUGGAAGCUCCUACACUUCCUCCUUUCCCCUCAGACGAUGACGACGACGACGGUCAUGGUCAUGGUCAUGAAGAAGAAGCAGAGGAAGAAGAAGAGGAGGAGGCAGAAGAGGCAAAGGAUGAAGAGAUGGAUCCUGAAGAUGACGGGGAACCUCUGGGCGAGCAAGAGAUUGCAAAGCGAUUGGAAGGCAAGAAAAACGGAUUGUUCAAGAACCUCUUGCGUAGUAAGGGCGUCUUCUGGCUCGGCACUCGAUCCUUCAACUAUGCUACCUGGUCACAGGCAGGUUUGUACUGCACGCUUUCCAAUGGCGGUAUGUGGAUUGCUGCUCUGCCUGAAGAGGAGCGCACGCGCACGAUGAAGGAACUGCCUAACUACAAAGAGCUUAUGGCCCGUGAGCACGGCGAUCGUGGCCAAGAACUCGUUUUCAUCGGUCGGUUCUCGCAAGAUGACAAUGAAAUCGCCAACAUUCGCGCGGCUUUGGACUCGUGUCUUCUGACAGACGAAGAGAUGAAGCAGUACGUUGCAGGCGAUGUAGAGGAAUGGGAAGACCCAUUUGAGCCGUGGGAGUAUUACACGUUUGAGGAUUGA